AUGGAGAUGUCACCCCAGCAAAAGCCUGAGAACGCGCAGUUACAAUUUUUAGCAGAUUAUUUUAUGCGAGCCAAUUAUAGCCCCCGGUGGAUUAACGGAGUUGAUGUCACAGGUCAAAAUCAAUUUCCUGUUUAUAACGUGAGAAAUCAAGGAGUUCAACAUUGUCCAAUGAUAGCACAUCAAGCUCAUCCAUAUCACGUCGCUCCUUCACUUAGACGUGGAAUACCUGUUUCUAGGCCUGUCUAUUUCUACCCAAGAUACAUGUACCUAAACACUACUAGGCCACGUCUAUUCAUUACACAUCAAUUUGAUACUUCCAAAACUCUGCCAACCAGGAGAUGUAUGUAUCGCCAGGGAGCAAGUGAUUGGGAUUGGCAUUACCAAGUUUCACUAACAGGGAAAUACUGCAGAAAAACUUCAGGUAUAAGCGGAACGUCAACAUUCAAGAUUUGA